AUGGAGUUUUCCGUGGCCAAUUGGAACCGCGCCAUACGAAAUUGCAUUCCCAAUGCCGACUGGAAAGAAGCUUUGGAACUCUUGCGGCAAGGAGCUGCACUACGUCUGCAGGACAUCAUCAGCUACAACUCCGUGCUCCAAAGCUGCCGCCGAGCGUCUCAGUGGCAACGGGCCUGGGAGUUGCUUCAGAUUGCGCCCAAGGGGCUGAAGGAUGUCGUCAGCAUCAGCACUGUGGUGUCAGCAUUGGAGGACACGGAUCACUGGCAUGCUGCUGUGUGCCUCUUGCAAGAUGCGCAGAAGGAGGCGAUAGAGCUCAACAUCGUGGCAUAUGGAGCUGCCGCAAGCUGCGCCCGGCGUUGCUGGCAGCGGAGUGCCUGGCUGCUGCAAGAGGCCAGAAAUCGAGGCUUAGAAACAAGUUUGAUCGCUCACAACAAUGCGAUGACUGCUUGCGAGGAUGCUGAGCAGUGGGAGCAAACACUAGGGGCGCUGGAGGAGCUGUGUGCCUUGAAUUUGGAGCUGAAUGCUGUGGUCAUCAGCAGUGCCACCAGUGCGGCAUCCCGAACUUGGGAAACGGCUUGCUGCCUGUUGAGACAGGCGCGCGCGGCUGCCUUGGAGCUAGAUGCGGUGGUGCAGAAUACAGUGAUUACCGCUACUGGCCGAGGGUUGCGUUGGCCUCUGGCCUUGCAUACCUUUGCACAGGCGAUUGAUGCAAAGACGGCGCGGGUACGUUCUUACCGGGCAACCAUUGCUGCAGUGUCAUCGGCUGGUUGGGCCUGGGCCUUGUGGCUGCUUUCUUCAAUGGUUGGUGGUGAGACACCUCGGCCCGACUUGGAAUGCUUUAGUGAGGCCAUGUUCGCCUGCGUGCAAAGUGCACCUUGGGAGAUUUGCAUCGGGCUCCUGGAGGCAAUGCAGAGACGAAGGUGUCCCUUGGACCUGCGUGCCUAUGGCUGUGCUGCCAGUGUUUUCUUAUGUAGCAGGCCGUCUGCAGUUCAAAGGUUGCUAUUUGGCACAGAGGGGAUUGAGGUGAAGAACACAGAUGGGAUAGAGGUUCGGAAUGGGCUCGAAUUUCAUGCCGGACAUUCGGCCUACCAUACAACAGCAUUGACCCAUCGAUUGCGGCGCUCCGGACCGCGGCAUUUGCAACGAUCAGUGCAGGUGGAUGCCCGUGGUGAUACUCGACCCGGCUUUCAACUCACAACGCCCUUGGAGGACAUGUCUUCAGAGUACACCGGCAUCAUUGGGGUCGGCACUGCCGAUGAUGGAAAUGCGCAAUUUGAGGCCCGUGUGGUCUUUGAUACUGGAAGCACGAAUUUGUGGAUUGCAUCCGUCCUUUGCAAGGCAUCACCGUGUGAUCGCGAUGGUGCAGAGAAGUUCUACGAUCCGGCCAAGUCUAAAACCUCCCAAGCCUUCAUAGAAGAUGGAAUGGAGAGUGAUUCGGAUAUCGACAUUGUCUUCGGCACGGGCGAGUUAAAAGGGCCUCUCCAUGUGGAUACCUAUCGAGUAGGUCCCAUGGCCGUGGAGCGGCAGCCUUUCGCCAUGAUCAGAGAGAUGACAGGCGAUGUCUUCUCCUCCUUCCCCUUCGAAGGGAUCUUAGGCUUGGCCUUUCCCUCGUUGUCCUUUGGAGGCAUCGAACCCUUCUUCGAGCGAGUCAUCAGGGCGAAACUUCUCAAAAGCAACGAAUUUUCCUUCUACCUCAACACUGAUAGCAAUCGACCCAGCGCUUUGCUCUGGGGCGGCGUGGACAAGGACUUGUUCGAAGGUUCCAUCGUCAUGUUCCCGGUGGUGAAGCCGCACUACUGGUCGCUGGAACUGGUGGACUUUCGCAUCAAUGGGAAGUCGCUGAAGGCGCAUGUAUCCGAAGACAACAAGGCAAAGUAUGUGCUGGUGGACAGUGGUACAACCUACUUCACUGCACCAUCGGAGAUGUUCUACAGCAUCAUGAAACAAUUCCCAGAGGCUCCCUGCAGUGAGGUGGAAGGCUACCCAGCCAUCGAAUACGUGCUGCGAAGCGCUCAUAACAAAACCUUCACUUUGGAGGUGAGCCAGGAGACUUACAUGGUGAUGGAUGAGUAUGAUUCCUGCCGUCCCGCCUUCAUGAAGUUAGACAUCAAGCGCAAAUCCUAUGGUCCCGCCAUGAUCCUUGGGGAGGUCUUCAUGCGUCACUUCUUCACCGUCUUCAGCCGCGGGAACGGAAGCCUGGACCAAGCGAAAGUGGGCUUCGCUCGUGCCAAAGUUGGAGCUGAGCCAAAGAUCGCCGAGAACGUGGAGCAGGUGGAGCCGGGCGAGCUCGAUCAUGAGAAGAUCUUCCAAGCCAUCCAGAAGGCAAAAAGUGUGAUUCUUCGAAGCCAAGCAGAGCGGGAAAAAGUUGCCUGGCAGCAGGCCUUGCAGAUGAUGGGCACCAGGGACCCCACUGGUGAGGCCUCCCAGGCAGCUGGUCGAAGCUUGCCUGCAACACCCACCAGCAUCUCUGUGGACAUGAGGAAGGAGCACGACGUGGUGAAGUUUGUACGACAACGUGCCCAGGCGGCUGACUUGCACAGUGUGCUCUCGGCCAUCGAAGCCUUCGCAGAUGGACGGAAGUGGCUGAAGGUGGCCGGGGGUCGAAAGGCCUUUCUCUUGCAGGGCAGCUUGUUGCCCGGCGACCGUGUCGUGGAGUUUGGAACGUACAUGGGCUACUCUGCCAUGCUCAUGGCUUCGAGACUUCGCGAGCUAGGUGGUGGGGGUCGAAUUCAAUCCUGCGAUGUCAAUGCGCUCACCUGGCCCUUUGCCAAUGAGUUGAUCUCCUUCGCGAACGUCUCAGGCGAAGUGCAACUCCGCGUGGGCUGCGCCGCGGACUGGCUCUCUAGUGGACAGCUUGGCCAGAUCGAUCUGCUGCUUCUGGACCACCGUGGAACGGUCUACCAGGACGAUCUGCGUGCUGCUGAACCGCAGUUGGCCUUUGGGGCGCGGGUGCUGGCCGACAACGUCCUGUUGCCAGGUGCUCCACUCUUCUUGGCCCACGCGGCGAAAAGCUACGAGGUGACCAUCCAUGAGGUGCCCGAAUUUCUGCAACCGGAGCUGGAGGACUGGAUCUUAAGCUGCACCAAGAGCACUGCGAGUUCCAGCGUGGCCGCAGAUCUGAGGGAGCUGAGGCAGUGGUGCAGCAGGGUGGAUGCGAUUUGCUGGGAGAGCCAGCGGAUGGAUGUGGAUUGGGUCUCCUUUCAGGCAGAGUUAUCUCCGGCUCUUCGCGGGUGGUGUGCGAAGCAUGGAGUACGGGGAGCUUACAGAAAGGAGCCCACCGAAGCUGGUCAGCUGCGUGUCCGCGAGCUCCGGCGGAAGUUGCGCGCCAUGGGGCAAGCAGAUGCAGGCCAUGGGGCCAUGGGGCCGGCGGAAGUGGCGGAAAACAACGGUGGAACAAUAUGGGAUGUGACCGUGAAAAAUGGUGGUUUAAUAAGGGUUUAA